AAGAAAGCCCACCAACCUCUCCUACACCACCAUAUAAAUUAAGCCCCCAUAACAAAGAGAAACUCCUUUUCUCCAUUCUCUCCUUCUCUUCACCCAAAGAAGAAAAAAUGGCAUACUCUAAGGUUUGUGCAAUGGGCCACUUCGUGUCCACUAAUCAAGAAACCUUCCCUUAUCACCGUCCAUCGAGAUUGCCGUCCGGUUACGUGCCUCCCCCGAUGCAAUUCACUGGCAAAUGCCCGGCAAUCUCAGCCGUCGAUAGAACGGUGGUGAUUGGCCUAGCAGCGGAUUCUGGGUGUGGUAAAAGCACUUUCAUGCGUCGACUAACGAGUGUUUUUGGAGGUGCAGCUGAGCCACCCAAAGGAGGGAAUCCGGACUCCAACACACUCAUCAGCGACACCACCACUGUCAUAUGUUUGGACGAUUAUCAUUCGUUGGAUCGAUAUGGGAGGAAGGAGAAAGGAAUCACAGCCCUAGAUCCUAGAGCCAAUAACUUUGAUCUCAUGUAUCAACAGGUGAAAUCUCUGAAGGAAGGAAUUGCAGUAGAGAAGCCCAUCUAUAACCAUGUAACAGGUCUGAUGGAUUCACCAGAACUCAUCAAGCCACCCAAGAUCCUGGUCAUUGAAGGUCUACAUCCCAUGUUCGAUCCUCGUGUGAGGGAGCUUCUGGAUUUCAGCAUAUACCUCGACAUCAGCAACGACGUGAAAUUCGCUUGGAAAAUUCAGAGGGAUAUGGCGGAACGCGGCCACAGUCUAGAAAGCAUAAAAGCCAGUAUUGGAGCAAGGAAGCCUGAUUUUGAUACAUACAUUGACCCACAGAAGCAGUUUGCGGAUGCAGUGAUUGAAGUCUUGCCUACUCAGCUAAUUCUAGAUGACAAUGAAGGGAAGAUUUUAAGGGUCCGGAUGGUGAUGAAAGAAGGGGUCAAGUACUUCAAUCCCGUCUAUCUUUUUGAUGAGGGGUCCACCAUUUCAUGGAUCCCUUGUGGACGGAAGCUGACAUGCUCAUAUCCAGGCAUUAAGUUCUUCUACGGUCCAGAUACGUAUUACUCCUCCGAGGUAUCUGUACUUGAAAUGGACGGUCAGUUCGACAGAUUGGACGAACUGAUCUACGUCGAGAGUCAUCUUCGCAACAUAUCUACCAAAUUCUACGGUGAGAUCACGCAGCAGAUGUUAAGACAUGCAGAUUUUCCAGGCAGUAACAACGGAACAGGACUCUUCCAGACGAUCGUAGGGUUGAAAAUCCGCCACCUCUUCGAGCAGAUCAUGGAGGAAGGGACGGUAGAACAGCUCCAAGCUGCCGAAGUGUACUAAAUAACUAAGAGGGCUGUUCGCAUACAAUGCAUUGCUCAGGAAUGUAACAUGCAAUGGGUACAUAAGUGCCAAUUUAGCAGGUGUGUUCAACAUCCGAGCCAUCCAAAAGAUGGACCACACCUUGAGAGUCGCAAGGUGCGAAAAUCAGGACGGUUCACUCAGUGGGCUGGGCACAUAUGUACAUUGAAUCAAACCAUUAGUGGGUCUGAUUUAAACCAUCCAUCGAUUUUGUACAGUAUGCCCACCUGAUCAGUGGACCAGCCUGACAAUUGGGUCAGGUGAUCCUAGCAGCCAUGCCCACCGUUUGUGCAGCUUGGAUGUCAUGGACGUGCGAGAUGUUGGCACGUAUGCACGCGUUGCAUGGGAAUUCUCAUGUGCUGCAUUGUACCCGAACAUUCCUUUAUGAUUAGUACCGGAUUAGCUAUAUAAUGAACGGUUAAGAUCAAGCCGUUGAGAUCGUUAACUCCUUCAUGCUCCUGUUUGGUGCAUCAAAACAUUUGGCCUUGUCAUGUAUAAUGGAAAGAUAAAUAUAAAUAAAGGUGCGUUUGGAUGUUCUUUC